CGGCGGCUGUGGCGGGGCGGCUCCUGCGCGGCGGCGCGCGGCUCAGAAGAAGCAUCCCCACUUGCCUGACUUCUUGGCAGAGUCCUCCCCGGGUCCUCAAAUCUUCCCAGUCAGAAGCUCUCCUGAAAGAAAACAGCAAUGGGCUGCCCUCCGCCCCACUGCAGACCUUCACAGAGGAGGAGCUGAUGAUAAAGAGCACAGUUACAAAAUUCGCCCAGGAAAAAAUUGCUCCUUUGGUUUCCACGAUGGAUGAAAAUUCAAGAAUGGAGAAGUCAGUCAUACAAGGCCUGUUUCAGCAGGGGUUGAUGGGUAUUGAAAUCAGCACAAAAUACGGAGGCACAGGAGCUUCCUUUUUCUCCUCUAUCCUGGUGAUAGAGGAGUUGGCCAAGGUGGACGCCUCCGUGGCCUUGAUCUGUGACAUCCAGAACACGAUCAUCAACACGCUGUUCAGAAAACACGGAAGCCAGGAGCAGAAGGCUGCCUAUCUGCCAAAGCUGGCCACGGGAACGAUAGGAAGCUUCUGCCUUACCGAAGCUAGCGCAGGUAGCGACCCAUUUGCUUUGAAGACCAGAGCUGAUAAAAAGGGGAACUAUUACAUCAUCAAUGGGUCCAAGAUGUGGAUCAGCAGCGCCGAGUACGCAGACCUCUUCCUGGUCAUGGCCAACGUGGACCCUGCCGCUGGGUAUAAAGGAAUUACCUGCUUCAUAGUCGACCGAGAUACUGAAGGCCUUCAAAUAGGAAAACCAGAGAACAAAAUGGGGAUCAGAGCCUCUUCCACCUGCCCGCUCACAUUUGAAAAUGUCAAGGUUCCGGAAGCCAAUAUCCUGGGGCAGAUUGGACAUGGGUACAAGUACGCCAUAGGGAGUCUUAAUGAAGGUAGAAUAGGAAUUGCUGCACAGAUGCUGGGACUGGCACAAGGCUGUUUUGACUACACAAUCCCAUAUGUUAAAGAAAGGAUACAAUUUGGCAAAAGACUGUUUGAUUUCCAGGGGCUUCAGCACCAAGUGGCUCAUGUGGCCACCCAGCUGGAAGCGGCCCGGUUACUGACAUACAACGCUGCGAGGCUCCUAGAAGCUGGGAGACCGUUCAUUAAAGAAGCAUCUAUGGCCAAAUAUUAUGCAUCAGAGAUCGCGGGAUUCACGACGAGUAAAUGCGUUGAGUGGAUGGGAGGCAUCGGCUACAGCAAAGAUUACCCUGUGGAAAAAUACUUCCGGGAUGCCAAGAUCGGUACAAUAUACGAAGGAACUUCAAACAUCCAGCUCAACAGCAUCGCAAAACGCAUAGAUGCAGAAUACUGACUUCCCUGAGGUCAGCGUUUCCUGAGGUCACUGGUGCAAAAUGUGAAGCUAUUGUGCCUUACGGGGGCGGAAACCUCCACAGCUUUGAAGUAUUUGAUAGAAGCCCUUUGCCAUAGAUUCUGGGUAGGCCAAUUCUGUUUUCUCUUUCCAGUCUACUUAGCAUAAGCACAGAAAAUCACUUUUUAAAAGGUGGGAAUAGAUACAUCCUAUUUUCUCCAAAGCUGUUUUUAAAAGUUGUGAAUGUAUCAUCAUUCUACUUUCCAGGUGUACAGAUGUUUCACUCUUUCGGCAUUUGGAAAAAUUUGAGGUUUUACUUAACAGACAUGGCUGUUUUAUAUUCCUAUUAUAGUAGCACCAGUCCAAGAAACAUCGGUGAUGGGGGGAUUCCAUGGAACAGGUAGAUUCUGUGCUAAGUUGCUUCACUAGGUAGAAACUGAUAAACAUUUAUUUAGAAAAAUCUAAAAUUUCUGUUUCUAAAUAUCUGAGAAUGAGUAGAAAUGAGUCAUGGAAUUAUGAGUCAUACAAUUACAUGACUCUGUAGUUCAUACAAUUGAAGAAAACAUUAUUUUAACAAAGGAAAGCAAUAUAAUUUGUUACUAAAAUUGACCUGUAGAGGAGAUGCAUGUGGUAGCUGCAGCAGAUCAUUUUAAAAACAAGUCUCUGCAUUAGUUUUCAAGUAAAAACUUUAAAUAAGUUGGGUUAGUCAUCAGAAUAUAUUCAGCAUUAUAAUAUCCUUCUCUCGUGUACUGUUUUUCAACCAUACAAUUUCUUUCUGUGUUGGAAUUGAUACCGUUUCCUCAUAAUUAGCUAUCGGGCUUUAUCAUAAAUAGCACUUCAGAAAUCAUGUUUGCUCUCAGUGAUUCUGCAGAAGGGGGCUGUGCAGCUUGGGGAGCACAUUUUGAGACAUAAAACAUUAAAAAAAUAGUUGGCAUCUCAGAAGGCAAAAAUCAAUCCACUCCACAAAUUAUAAAAAGACGAAACUCAAGAAAAUGUGUGGCUACUCCUGUCCCUUCUUCAGUCUCAGGAGCAGAGACCCCUUGCAAAGGGGUACAUGACUCAGCCCCCCGAAGGUGGCCACAGAGAAGAGGAGCUGUGUUUCCUGGAAAGGGGCGUGGGUUAGGGGUGGCGAGCAGUGUUCUGAGGCUCACGCCCCGGCUUAGAGGAAUGGCUACUGUCCGAUGGGAAGUAGCUUAGUUCUCUAAUGUAGAUAAUGUCUGUUACAAGAUCUUGAUUUUUUAAAGUAAUUUUUUGCUUUGCACAUUCACGUUUAUUGGGUUGGAAUAAUUUCUGAUGCAAAUCAUAGUUAAAUAUUCUGCAUUACAGAAAUACAAUUAAGAUAGGAAUUACAGUGAUAUAUUAGGAAGAAAUAAAGGCAAAUUUAGGCCUCAGAUCAAAAGAGAAAAAGUCUCGGCAUGACAGAAAAAGUCUCAGUCUUUCAGAACAGAAGGAACCAGCUGGUAAGGGAAGUUGGGGAGGGAUGCCAUGCCCUCAAAGGGGCGUGGGCACCUUCAAUUUCUGUGACUGUCUGAAAGAGGAGGACUUCAGAUUAGGAGUAGAAGCCAACUCCAGUGACAAGAACCCCAACUUCUUCCUUCCUAUGGAAUCACACCCCCUGAAACAACAGUCAACCUCUCGUCCCAGCUUACACUAAAUCACCUCCCAGGUACGUCUUCACCUUGAAUUCAUACUUAGUAUUGAUAAAAUUCUAACUGUGUAUAUUUUUGUGCAUAUUCGCAAAGAACAGCUGCAAAUGAAUGAAGCAUUAUAGUUAACAUACACGGACCCACCUUCCUCCAUGAGUGAACACUGUGUCAUUCUGACAUGUACCAAAGAGUGUGUGUGGCUUUGCCCUCUACGUCUCCCGUUAGAGCUCUUCUUCAUGACCAUGAUUUUGGGGGUCUUUAAAACUCCUAUGCUGUUUGUGUCUUGUGGUGGACAAGCUUGUUCACCUCCUGAAGGCUUUGAUUAUUGCUGCUUGUUGAUUAGAGGGUUGUGGGGUGUUGGGGCUCAGAAGAUGGAGACCCAAGGAACCCCUUCACUGUAUUCAUGUCAGCAGAACUGGACUUAGCUCAACCGCCAAAGUCAGUGUUGCUAGAGAUUUCAUUUUACAACGUGAUGUGAAUCAUAGGAUCACGAAAAGUUCAACCUAGAAAGAUCUUCAAGAACCAUCCCAUCAACUCUCUAAUUUUAAAAGUGAAGGAUUCAUAGUCCAGAACAUCCGUCCAGACAAGAAUCCACGUGUGCUGCCUCUCAGCAUUCUUCCUUCCCCUUAACAUUUCUGUUCAACAAAGUUUGGACUUUAUCCUUGUCAUGUAUAGUAUUGCUGAUUUACUUGAGGGUCAGCUGAUGAAGAAUGAACAUUUCGGAAGUAUUAUGAUUGAUCCAUGUCAUUGCUUACAUGUGUUAAUCACCGGCAGAAAACACUAGAUCUCUAAGGUGUAGCUGGUUCAUCGGAUGAGAUUGUUGUGUGCUCACUGGGCUUUAUGAUCAUGGCAUAUUUUAAUAAAUACACUGUUACAGCCACGCUGUUGUACUUCUACUGAUCUUUCUUGAAGCGAAAGUUUUGUCUUACUGGUAUAUAUCAUUGUGUUCAGUGUACAAAAAUCAGUGUUCUCUAGAGAAUGAAAAA